AUGAAGGCUUCAAAAUUUAUGUUCAUCAACAAGGACGCUCAAUCCGAAUCACUUUCUCACAGUAAUAGACAUGAACGCAUCUCAAUCCACAGUCAUGUACAGAAAUGUCAGAGAUACAAGAAAGCAGAAGGCCGUGUGAGUCACGCGACUCCGUUGCGCCUGCUCCAGCCGGGCAACCGAUCUGGCAAUCCAGGUCAUCGACCUGAGCAGUCGGGCGACGAUGUCUUAACCGCCUCCGAGCAGUCAACUGCUCCCAAACACAAUGCAGGCCAUGUCCAUGUAGCGCCUUGGGAAAUGUCGCCCAUUAACGGCCCUAAGCAGACCUCGCCUCACAUCAUUCCAGUCUUCCCAGCCUCGGCGGAGGAAAGCUUUGACCCCUUCGACGUGACUUGUAUCACGGUCGAUGCAGCGGUACACAGCCUCCUGCAGUAUUUUCUGCGGGUCCACCAUCCCAAUAUCUGGCAUAUUGAACGAGCCGUUCGGUUGGACCACCAGUAUACAUUUCGCUCCGAUGCCAUGUCCAUUGUGCAGGGCUGCUUGCACGAUCAGUACAACAUGUAUGCCCUUCUUGCUUCCAUGGCCAGCUACAUGACCUAUAUCGAUGGGAUCCCUUCGCCCGCAGAUGGGACCUACUACAUCCACAAAGCCCUAAAGGCUUCGCAGGAAUAUGUACACAGCCGCCAACCCAUCACUGGGAGGAUGGUUUUCAACAUCUUCAACCUCGGCUGCGCAGAAUGGUACCGAUAUAAUGUCGAUGCGGCAUAUGUGCAUCUUAAAGCUGCAAAAUCGAUGGUGGAUUCGAUGGGCGGUCUCAAGAUCUUGGACGGGCCACUCAUAGACCUCCUCCUGACUGGUGACGGCUAUGUUGCGGCCGAGCUUAGAGCGAAGCCUCUCUGGUCCGCGUCCGAUUUCGAACCUGGUGAUGACCAUCCCAUGACGACCUAUGGCAUCUGUGAACUUCGGAAACUGCUAUCUGGCAGAGUGAAGAUAGCAGCAGGACUACUUACUCCCACCCAGCAAGACAUCGUCCCGGCAGACCUACGCUGGAUCAUUCUCGACCUAGCGGUCGCGCUGUCGGUACUCCGGGCAUCUCAGUCAUCGGACAGAGCAGCAGAUAAACCUCCAUCAGAUAGUCUUCACUGGGUCCAUAUCCGAACCCUGACGAUUCGACAUCGCCUUCUGUCCAUGCAGCUCGACGACCCUCGUAGCGGCGCACUCCGCACCGCUCUUGUUUUGUGGAUCUUUCUGAUCUUCACCGUCUCAGGGCGCAAGAGAUCGAUCAAAAUCAUUGCACCAUUUUUACGCGAAACGCUCCUUAGCAUUGCUGACGAGCUUUGGGCCGGACAUGAAGAGGUGCAACUUUGGAUACUCAGCGUUGGUUCUUUCUGUGCAGCGCCGGAUAGCGAGGACCACCGGUGGUUUGUGGAUGAAGUGGCCAACCGGUUGACUGGUGCGCUGGACGACCUUGACACUAUUUCUGAACUACUCCGCGCGCAGUCUCAAAAGUUCUUCUACCUAGAGCCGGCGCAAAGCUCUGUCUUGCAGACUCUGGCUGAGGACAUUCAUAAGAGGAGAGUCCCAGGAAAAGGUGAUACAUCCAGGUAUGGAACGGCUUUCAAGGCUAUGUAA